AUGGAUAAACUGUGCUAUAAGUUUGUUGCAGCAUUAGGGACGCUCCUCCUCUUUGCAAUUGUGUCUAUUCUACUUCUAACUGUACAUGUGGAUGAAUUGAAAGAGCCCCCCAAGUGUGUGUAUGAGAUUGUUCUGGAUGCAGGUUCCUCACACACGGCCAUGUACAUCUACAGAUGGCCAGCAGACAAGCUGAACGGAACAGGCGUGGUCACACAGCACAGCGAGUGUCAUGUCAGAGUUAACUCAGGCAAAGAAACAGUAGGAGCCCUGAAUUUAGGUGGGACGUCCACCCAGAUCACAUUUGAGACACCAGAGACGAUUGAAGAUGAAAGUAACCAAAUGAGCUUACGCCGCACAUACGCAGUUACUUAUGCUGGUAAAGAAGAAGCCCUGCGCAGGAUUCUGGCCCACUUCGUUAAAUCACAGGACAAUUCAACCAUCGUUUACCACCCCUGCUACCCAUCUGACUUCACUGCAUUUCCUGCCUAUUUCUUUACUCACAAUUUUCUCCAAAGGAGUACAGGGAUAAAAAGCAUCACCUUUGCUCAGUUACAAGAGGCUGUCCGCGCUGUGUGUCAUAUGACCAUAGAGGAGAUGACCAGGAAAGCUCCCGAUUAAAAAUACCUGAAGGAUUAUUGUGGGGUCAUUCUGAAGGGUUAUAGGUUUGAUGAGUGUUCCUUUCAAACUGUUGCUUUCCAGGAAAAGGUGAAAGCAUCUGUCGGCUGGGCACUAGGUUAUUUACUGAGUGUAAGCAGUCUUCCUCCAGAGGAACCUUAAGGGAUCAGGAAGGGCUUGUUUCCUGGAGCAUGGAUUGCAAUGUUGUUUUUUUAA